AUGAGCAAUAUAGCUGAUGAUUUCCAGCCUCUGGAGAUAAUAGGCAGGGGAUCAUUUGGAUGCGUACGCAAAGUGCGCCGCAAGUCUGAUGGAAAGAUCUUUGGCCGCAAGGAGAUCUCGUAUGUGGCAAUGAACUCGAAGGAAAAACAGCAGUUAUCAGCUGAGUUUAGGAUUUUAAGGGAACUGAAGCAUCAAAAUAUUGUUCAGUACAUACAUCAUGACCAUAUUCCCGAGGAACACGUUGUUCACUUAUACAUGGAAUACUGUGAUGGAGGCGAUCUUUCCACUGUGAUCAAGAACUACAAACAGAGAAAAGAGUAUGUUCCAGAAGAAAUGAUCUGGCCAAUUUUCACACAAGUAUUGCUGGCAUUGUACCGGUGCCAUAACGGGUUUGACAUCCCUGCUGUUUCAAAUGUGUUCCAAUCAACACCUGAAGAGAAUGCUCCCAAGAACAUAGACCAAGGAAGUGUGGUGAUACACCGUGAUAUCAAACCGGAUAACAUAUUCCUGCUUAAGGACAGCUCUGUAAAGCUUGGAGAUUUUGGUUUGGCAAAGAUGUUGAAGCACGAGAACGAAUUUGCAAAGACUUAUGUGGGUACUCCGUAUUACAUGUCUCCCGAGGUGCUGGUUGAUAAACCCUAUUCUCCAGUCUGCGACAUAUGGUCUCUGGGAUGUGUAAUGUAUGAGAUGUGUUCACUGGCACCACCAUUUCAAGCAAAAACUCACUUUUCGUUACAUGAAAAAAUCAAAGCCGGGACGUUCAAUCCGAUACCCGAGCACUAUUCUCAUCGUCUCAAGAUGGUCAUCAAUGCGUGUUUGAUCACGGACCCAGAGGAAAGGGCUUCGGCCAAUCAACUUCUGCAGGACUCCUCUUUUAAAAUAUUUAGAAAGGAGCUGGAGUUGUCGCACAGAGAAAACGAGCUUUGGAAAAUGGAGUCUCAGCUCACUACAAGAGAGAAGAAGCUCAAGGCUGUGGAGGACGUGAUGUACGAAUCCAUGAAUAAAGAGCUGGAACACCAGAGGGAACUAAUGGAGUUGGAAGUUGACGAAAUACGCAGAUCUUACAGGAACGAAUUCCAAUUUGUAUUGGAGCAACAAGUGGAGCAACAACUAUCUAAUAUUCUUGGAAAAAAGGUUACUCUAGGGCAAGCUAUGGCUUCCAAACCAAAGACAACUGCUUCUCUAGCAUCACCAAGUCCAUUUGAGAAUAUCACGAUUCCUUCAUCGCCCUCUAUGUCAAAACUACAAGGACCCAGACAGUUGUCUAACGAUGACAGGCUGAGAAGACCACUGGGCCUAAUACAGGACUUGGGCCCGAAAAAGCCUACUUAUCAUGGCACCAGAUACUGA